CACCUGGUCUCAGUCUCACGCCCGCCAAACAAGAUGUUCCCCAUCAUCCUCUCAGUUGUUGCCCUCUCCCUUGGCCUCACAAGGGCCUUCCCGUACCACUUCGGCGCUCCUAUCGGCGGAUACAAUUCCACCAGCGUCGGGAACACUACUGUGUUCCCCGAGUAUGUCCCCCACACCCUCAACGUCACGAACAUGACCGCCCUCGAUUGUGUUGGACAGCCCUACUACCCCGAGCUGUACACCUGCUGGGACGGGUAUCGGCUGUGCCCCAGGGGCACCCGGGCUUGCGGCACCGACCCCGAUUUCUAUGAUUGCUAUUUUAGCCAUCAGUACAGCUGCGUCAACGAGACCCUCGUGCAGGUCCCCAGCGGUCACUUCCCGCCGUAUGGCAACAUGACCGCCCCAUAUGGCAACUCGACUGCCAUCGGAACCGCCGUCUACCCCUCGGGAACUGCGCCUGCUGCGACGGGAACCGCUUCGUUCCCAAUGGGAAACUCGACCGUUGCGUUUCCCAGUAGCUUCCCGACCUCUUACGACGAAUGGGUCAAGUACGCCGGGGUCGACGAGUACGACGAGUACGACGGGUACGACCAGGACGACGAUUACGACGAGUACCCUGCUUACCCUGCGUACCCUGCGUACCCCGUGUACGUAGGGGACAACGAGAGAUUGUCUUUUUCCUCGUCCCAGUAG